UGUCAAAAAUCUGCCGCACCAUUGAAGUCAUGCCAGCAAACUGUCGGUAAAAACUAACUAAACGGUUACCGAUUGCCGGCCACCUAAGUGUCAGUGUGUGUGUGUGUGACCUGUAUAUGUGUGGUGACCAACUAAAUGUUGCGGUCGAUUGUCAAUUGGAUCCAAACUACUACUAGUAUAGUAUCAUCAUCGCUGACGGCCAUCAACCGGUCAUCAAUGAUGUUAACCGCGGCCGCCGCCGCUGCCGCCAACCCAAAAGUGGCGGAUCCGCCGCCACUGAAGAUAUGUCCGCCGCCGACGGUCAAAGGCAUGACCAAACUUGAUCGCCGCUUAUUUAGUCGACCAUUAAGUGUACCCUAUGUUGUCGUACCCGCCGGCAACCACUGUGACCAACAUAUGACACGUUUACUUCACUAUCUGAAACCAUAUCUACUGAAACUAGCAAACUUUAAUCCCGUGGAAACAGUUACCGACGAUAAUAAACGCCAAAUUAUAUUGAAUCCCGAAGUUGUCCGCACUUUAGACGACAUUAUCGGCAGCGAUGACAGCGAAUGUCGAAAAGUUAUCCAAGAGUUGUGUCUUAUAGACGAAAUAAAAACCAAAUCAAUUGACAUUCAUUACGAUAAUUUCAAUUACAAACAAAUACUUCAAGCCGUACUACCCGACGAAACGGAUCCGGUAUCCAGUUUCAGUACAAUUGGCCAUAUAUUGCAUCUGAAUCUACGGCCGCAUACCUUUCCGUUCAAACAACUUAUUGGCGAAGUAUUGUUAGAUAAAGUAAAAAACUCGGAACUAGUGGUCAAUAAGUUGAAUACUAUUGACAACGAAUUUCGUAACUUUGAAAUGGAAGUAUUGGCCAAACGAUCGGAUUCGGUGUCGACAACAGUUAGACUUCGGGAAUCGUUUUGCGAUUUUGAAUUUGAUUUCAACGAUGUCUAUUGGAAUCCAAGACUGGGUACAGAACACGAACGUAUUGUCCAGCGAUUGCAUCGGGGAGUCGAUGUCCUCUACGAUGUGUUUGCCGGCGUCGGACCGUUUGCCAUACCGGCUGCCAAACGUCGCCGAUGUACGGUAUUGGCCAACGAUUUGAAUCCAGAAUCGUUUAAAUGGUUAGAACAUAAUUGUCGGCUGAAUAAAGUCCAAGAUUUGGUUAGUGUUUAUAAUAUGGACGGAAGAGAUUUUAUCCGAUCGGUAGUCCGUAAAGAUCUAAUCAAUCGAAUGGCCAGUUUUGAUGGCCUGGACGGCGGCCGCCAGUAUCAUAUAGUAAUGAAUUUGCCGGCACUGGCCACCAGUUUUUUGGACGCAUUUAUCGGUCUAUACAGUGAUGAUGAUGGCGGCAAUGAUUACCGAAUCCAAGAUUUUGAACAUCAAAUUCAACCACUGGUUCAUUGCUAUUGUUUUGUAAAGAAUGCGGAUCCGGAAACAGAUGGCCCGAAAAUAGUCAAACAGAUUACCGAACAGAUGCUGUCGUGUGAAUUGAAUGGCCAACUAUUAUCGGAAAUUGUUAACAUUAGGAAAGUUGCCCCCAAUAAGGAUAUGUAUCGUAUUAGCUUUCAAUUGCCCCGAGAGGUACUCUACAAUAAUAAGAAAACUAUUACCGAUAAUAAUAAUACGGUCAUCGGUGGUGAUAGUAGUAGUAGUAGUAGUAGUAGUAGUAGUAGUAGUAGUAAUAAAGUUAUCGGUAAUGAUAAUAGUGUUGUUAUUGAUGAUGAUGAUGAUGGUGACCAUCAAUACAAUAGCGAUCAUCAUAAUUGUCAUAAUAAAAAAGCUAAAUUAAAUUAA